ACUAGCGACGACCAACGUUCAACACCGCCGGCGACGACGAACGACGCCUCAAUCAAGCAACCGCCGCGACGCGAGGAGAAGCCGACCGAAGGGGGGGCUGGGCCGGCCCACGAGAACGCGGAGACUAGGGGCGCUGGCGCCGCCGCCGCUGACGCCAUCAUGGGCUACGGCGUUAGCCGGCAGUCGGUGUUGCGCGGCGAAGCCGACGCCGAGCUGAGCACGGCCCUGACGCCGCGCCAGGCGCAGCUGGUGCGAUCCACCUGGGCAGUGCUUUCGCAGGACCUCGCCGGCACCGGGGUGAUCGUCUUCAAGCGACUGCUGACCCGCUACCCGGAGCUGUGCCGGCUGUUCCGCAAGUUCAUGACCCUUCGCGAGGACGGCAGCUACGAGUGGGACAUGGAGGGACUGCAGCGGCACGCGCUGCUCGUCAUGCAGGGACUGGAGGCGGCCGUCGAGAACCUCGACGACAGCCGCGUUCUCGCGGACAUCCUCUACGAGCUGGGGCGAAAGCACGCCCGCUUCAACGUCCAGGAGGACAUGUUCGACAAGCUGUGGCAGGCGCUGAAGUUUGGGCUUGAAAGCACCCUGCAGGAGCGAUUCAACCGCGAGGUGGCGCAGGCCUGGUUCCUGGUGUUCCGCUUCCUGUCUCGCCGCAUCAUUGAGGGCAUGCACAAAGCCAGGGCAGCUGCACAGUCACCACAGCAGCAACUGCAGCAGCCAGCGCCAACCUAGCAACGUGCCAACUGCCAACGCGCUGAAAGAAAUGCCAAAGAAUGCAAGGCUUGCACGCUUCUGAAGCUGCAAUGGUACUCAACCCUGUGGUUGAACAGGGUGGCCACACAACUGAUUGUGCUUUUCAAACUGACCUGUUUGCCGGCUACGGCGACCAUACUUGUGUGUGUGUGCUAACCAGAUUGAGCUAGAAGACCACUUCAUGGUCCCAAAGAAGCUUUUCUGUCAGUCUUUAGCAAAACAUCAAGUGCCGAGUCUUAUCAACAGUUUCCAGAGCAUCAGUUGGAAAUGAGCUGGAAAUACGGAGAUUGGAUUACACCAUACUUUUCAGCAUGCUUGCAGAGCACAAUCAUGGCAGCAGCUGUGGUAAAUUAAUGCAUAUUCCCUCCCUUCAGUAGUAUGCUGUAAAGACAGUAAUUGCAUGCUGGAAAAACCCGAGACUCGUAUGGCAACUGGUGUCACCCUAAAAGAGCUGUAAUAUUUGUUGGGGUUUACAUCCCAAAACUGCACCUCGACUGAUGGGUGCCAAGAUUUCAGAUUCAUUUUGAUGACCUGCAGUUCCUUUAAUGUGUGUAUAUAUUCCAGCAAAUGGUGGCUCUAAAGCAUUUAGCUUUCUUUGAUAGCUAACCCCAAUUUUUUUGAGAGUGCUGAACCAUUUCUGUGGGCCGAUCCCAAAGGUAGUGCAGUCUAACACAAUGGUAGAAACCACACGGUGGUACUGAUACCACCAGUGGCAUGGUAUCAUCGUUCGGUGUACCGCACGGUUGGCAAGGGGAGUGUUCUCAUAUUCUUCCCUCGUAACAUCUAGCAUUUUGAGAUGCUAUCAUUUGAGAAGCUGCACGGGGUUCCAUACUGCUGUUUGAGCAAGUGGUGCUCAAAGUACCGGUUGGCUACCGUGUACGAGUAAGGCACGGUGUUAUAAAACAUAACCCAUAGUGCAGCAUAGUGCCGCAACUAACCACCUCCCAAAGCAUGCUGAACACAUUCUUGGAUAGCAACCAGGGUUGGCUCUUCAUAAAUUUUUCUUGCGUUCAAUCUCCAUUGACUGUGCAGGAAUUGCACCUAAGUUCAACACUGGGGCUCAAGGCUGCACCUCUGCAAUGAUGCUAAGGCAACACAGAAACUUGAGAUGCCAGUUUGCCAUAGUUCAGUGAUGGUGUUUCAGUGUCAAGAAUGAGUUGCGUUCUGAGCGUUAUGUACUCAUUGUCAGCCACAAUGCAGGAUUUGCAAACAUAAAUUUGGAGAUGAAUGACAAGUCUGCGUGACAAUCGACUUGGAGCUGAUAUCCAUGUUUCCAGCUCAUCACUAGCUGAUGGGCAGGUGGCAUUGACUCUAAGGUGCUCAAUAGCCUGGUCUGCCAUAACCAGUGUACAAUUGUGGUUCCAUCGCAAGUUUAGCGCAGCGUGAUACAGCAGCAGUCAACUGUCAUCAGUCAUUUCUCUGGCUAAUGGUGUGCACUUAGGCUGACAGCACGUAUAGCAUGAACCAUUAUGAGAUUCAACUGUAGCACAUCUCUCAUCAGGCUGGCUUGAUGACAAAGUUGCCAGAGGUACACAGGUUACGAAUAUAGAUGUAAUGUCAUUGACUUCUACAAGCAUCUUCUUUUCUUACAACAGCAGCAAUACUCUGGGCCAAUUUCUUCAAACAAGUGUGCUUCUAAAUGAUCAGCAAAAAAGUGAAUGCUGUAGACAUGACAUGAACCUGUCAGCAAGCGACCACUGUCUCCUUGAACAUUUCCAAACACACAACACUUAGCAGGGAACAGUUUGUUUUUACAUAGUCAUGCUUUUCUCUGCAACGGCUCAACUUAAGGUAGGGCAGUUCAAUUGGCAAGCUUCCGAGCUUGAGUGAACUGCUCGACGAGGUUCCAGCACACAUUGGUAUGAUGGCCGCAGCUGUGUUGCCAUCCGGUGAACUUAAGCACACAUACAAUCGGGCCAUAUGCAGGUGGGGCAUUCAGCGCGUGCACUCUGCUCCACGGACUUUUCUUCCGUGUCCCACACCCUCACCGCAUGUGUGUCACCGCUAAACUGCUGGCGCGUUAAUGAUGCCAAGGACGCCAGCUCGAAGUAUGUAUACUCUGCCAAUGACACCUUUGCACAUGUGUCCGCGACACCGUGACAUGCACGUGACGUCACGUGCAUAUAAUGUCACAUCUGCACAAGUGUCACAUGUGACAAAUGUGACGUACGAGUGUCACAUUUGGGCGUGAUGUCUGUAAUCUGCACACUCGUCGACCCUGCAGCUAUUCUGCCGUGCUGGUGCUGUUCCCAUUUAUUGUUCCUCACCCACAUGUGACAUCAUUGUGAUCGACGGCCACCAGAUUUUUGUAAGCGAAGCCAAGGGAACAUUGUUGUUGUAUGUGUUGUUUGACUGUGUUGCGCUUGUCAACUGGUUUCUGCAUACGUUGGACUGGGGAUGUUAAAGGCUGACUGCAACAAUAUUUUGGAACACAUAAAAAUCCUAAUUUAUGAUAGUCUAGACAGAGAGAGGCCUUUGAGCAAAAUUUUACGCUUGAAAUACGAGUUGAUUUAUAACAAAAAGCUUGCGUAAAUUGAUGUCUCGAUAUAGAAAGUUGAAAAAAAAAGAUAAAGAAAAGCCAUUAUUAGCACUGGACAGAAAUGACACAGAACUCUAAAGGUUGAGAAGCAGCGAUGGUCACAACCAAGAGACAUUUGAGCAAGCGACGUGCCUCGGCACCCAGGUUCAAUCAGUGCACGUGCAUGGUUCCAGGACCUGUGUCGUAUCCGCUCAUCCCCAGGUGACAAUGUUUUCUGCUAAGGUGCUGUUUAAAGGGCAUUAAAUAAAAAGCAGGUGUUUACUAGCUGUGUGGCUUUGCCAAGAUUACUUCGACGGCAUGCGCUACUGAAUUUAUAACCAGUUCAACCAAAGUGCAAUUUUGUUGCAGUUGACCUUUAAUUCUGCAAGGAAGCUGUUAUUGCAUGUUGUGGAUACAAACCGCCUUUGCGCUGUAAAUGUAAAAGGUGCUACAUUCACAAACAAAAUUGUGCUGGCCAGCUUAAGGUUAAAACUAGAACUAUGGUGUAUUGCAGCUCAAGCCUCUGACUCGGAGUGCCAUGGUUUACAAUCAUACCACCAGUUUCUACUUGAACAUGGCAGCCGCAAAAGCAGCAGCACCUGGCACCUGAAACAUUUUACAGCGUGAAAUCUUUUGCAGAUCAAAAUGCGUGCACGCAAAACCAAAUUACCAAGACGUGGCAAUCACUAGAGAAAGUUUGUAUGUACCUGAUGAAAUAAACUUCAAAGCCACCACCCUUUCAAUUAAAGUAGAGAAGCUGGCAAAAAAAAAAAG